UUGGCAGGCGACCUGUUUUGGGCGGAGGGAAGAUGGUGGCGGGCACUGGUCAGCGGCACGGCUUUUAUUUACUGUUCGCCGGCUGCUUCCUGCGUUGGUGUGCGGCGGCAGCUGAGAAGGUGGCGUUGGUGGACGUUUUGCUGAUGGAUUCCCGGAGAGGCUGGUCCGCAGAGCUUGGCUUCAAGUCGGGCAGCAACUAUCGUCUGCAGGGUACCGUGUUAGCCCUUGGCAGCGGGCCUGACAACCCCGGCCAAGGUAACGAGCGGCUGGGCUCCUUUCCCAAACAUAACCAGGACAGCUUAGAAGGAAGCUUAAUAUUAGUUAAAGAUGAGCCAUUGGAUAUCCAGCCAAACAAGGGAGAGAAAUGGAUUGGAGUUGUUUCUGUUGAUGAAGACCAGGUUGAAAAAAAAGGAAGUAGCAAACAGGAAUCAUUUGCUGCUGCAGUUAUCAGUAAGAUGAAGAGAGCCCUUGUUUUGGGAGCAUCAGCCCUGUUUAUUUUGGUUUUAAAUCAAAACACCUUCACUGAGAUGGACAUCUCCCAAGUGCUUUCGAAACCUGUGGUUGUAAUGCAAAGCUCUGAAAAUGUAACCAAACUUCUGGGAGCCUUAUUAAGUGGUCUUCGUGCAUCUGCUAAAAUAACUUUUAAAAGCAUAAUUCAGAAUGAUCUGGGAGUAACAUUAACACUGUGGUCAACCUGUGGGCGUUCACGAGGCGGACUUUAUGGGGAAUGGCAAGGAGUUAUUUGUACAGGAGAGAAUAGCUCUCAGGUUCAGAAAUAUCUACAUCAGCUGUGGAACACUAUCCUGUUGGUGGGUUUAAUCUUAUGUACUGGAGUCAUUGUGCAGGCCCAGUGGCAGUAUAGACACUAUGAGUCAAGCACUGAAGAUUUGGAGAUGAGCUUGAAGCAACAAAUAUUAAAGCAGCUAUCAGCAUUGAAAACAAGGAAAUAUUUUCCAAACAAAAGACAGAAAACACAGUCACAAGAACAUGAGAAUUGUGCAGUGUGCUUGGAAGAAUUCCAUAAAAAUCAGUGUUUGCGAGUACUACCUUGUCUACAUGAGUUUCACAGGGACUGUGUUGAUCCUUGGUUGCUACUUCAACAGACUUGCCCCCUGUGUAAGCGAAAUGUACUGAGUGAUCCAUAUGGGAACAGUUGACUUUAUUCUUCAUUUGAAGAGAAGGAAAAGCAGGAAACUACCUUGAUUCCAUUUCUGUAAACAAUUUGAAACUUUUUAUAUUGCACUUUAUUUGUAUAAUUCUGCACAACCAAUUAAAUUUGGGGAAUUAAGUGAACAUUUGAACUUAAAAUUCAGAGCAAGAUAAUCUCUGUAAUCGUGUCUGUAUUCUAAGUUUAUUGACUUGCACAAACAUGAUGUGAAGUAUACCAGCUAUAAUAAAUCUGUGAUGCAAAGUAGACCUGUUUUGGGAUUAUUCAGGAAGAGCUAGUUAGUGUGUACUUUUGUGAUUUGUGGUUAAGUUCUUAGAGCACUGUAGAUACAUUCAAUAUUCACACUAAAAGUAGAGAUGCUCAUUCUGCUCUUAUAUUGUGAAUGCAUUCUUUAUAGCUAUUUUUGUAUUGCAAAAAUGCACUGAAAUUUAUUUGGUGUGUAUUGAUAAACCAUCCGUGGGUACUGUUGGAGAAGAAUAUAACCAUCUAUCUAAAUCCUUACAGACAGAUGAUGGAUACAUCUGCAUCUGAAAGCUGUUAUUAGCCUUUAGUAAU